AUGGCCAUCACAAUUCUACCACCGGUGGUAGAGGACCAGAGUCCUUACCAAGCCGACUCCGACGAUUCUAUGUCCGUGGACUCCGACGAAGACGUCGAGAUGACCGGUGUCUCUCGACCUCACAAGCGCCCCCGUUUACAAGCAAACUCAAACAUUGGCACCGGAAUUGUCACACCGGGUGAAGUCGUCACCGACGAUCCACAAUGGAUGAGAGGCCAUGGUACUUAUAUGAAUCCUCUCUCGACAUCCAUUAUCGCCACCGUUGCUGGAAACGUUCAGAAGACAAAUAAGCUACUUUCCGUGCACCCACUGCGUGCGCGCUACACACCCGAAAUUGGAGAUUUGGUCGUUGGUCGGAUUGUCGAAGUGCAAUCUAAACGCUGGAAGGUAGAUGUUGCUGCGCCCCUCCUUGCCCAGCUCCCCCUCUCCGCGAUCAACUUGCCCGGGGGUAUUUUGCGUCGACGAACGAGUGCCGAUGAGCUUCAGAUCCGAACAUUCUUCAGUGAGGGUGACUUGGUUAUUGCCGAAGUGCAGAGCGUGCACCAAGAUGGUUCUGCAUCACUACAUACGCGGUCUCUGAAGUACGGUAAGCUGCGGAAUGGUGUCUUCCUCGCCGUGACGGGUACCGGAGGUAGUGGGUCUGCCAGCUCUAGUGUCAAGGGGGGUGUGGGAGCUUCCGCAGUGGGCAGUGCUCUGGCCGCACCUGGAGGAUCUGGUACUGGUGGUGUGGUACGGUCUCGACGUCAGGUUUGGACCCAUGAGACAGCCAACGGUGGUGGAGAGGUAGACAUCAUCCUGGGCGUCAAUGGCUACAUCUAUAUUUACAAGCAUACCGAUGGGGCGGAUGCGGCAUCUUCGACGACGGAAAAUGUCUCCAUCACUCGGUUGGAGGAAGUGGCCUCUAGUUCGAUCUACUCCAGCCAGAACGACGAUAUCUCACCCCAGACUCGCCGAGAGAUCGCACGUUUGUCGCAGUGCAUUCAAGUCUUGGUGCAAUAUGGAGUGCGUGUGGACGAGGAGACCGUGACUGGCGCCUACCAGGCCAGUCUGCAGGUGGAUCUGGAGGUUGGCGAUGACGAGGAUGAGGAGGAUGAAUGGCGACAGGAAGGUCGCGAAUAUCUCCAGGGCGCCAAGGGCGGGCGGAUCAUUCAGCUGCUCGCUCUCGAUCUCGCUCAGCAGAAGAACAGGAAGAAGGCGUAG